AUGAAUGUCUCCGAUGAACAGUCCUAUCUCAAGAACAUCACCGGGUACGAACACCUGAACGAGUCGGAAUUCUUGGAGACGAAUCUGGGCAGUAAGUACCUGCCCUUAAAGCUGAAGGUGCCUGCCACCGUGGUCUACGUCGUGAUCCUGGUCGCCGGUGUCGUCGGGAAUCUGGCGACCUGCAUCGUGAUCUGCAAGCAACGGCACAUGCAGACGCCAACCAACUGUUAUUUGUUCAACCUCGCGCUGUCUGAUCUGUUGCUGUUAUUAUGCGGGAUUCCGUUCGAGUUGGAUCAAUUUUGGGAGCAGUAUCCAUGGAGGUGGGGAGUAGGGAUCUGCAAAAUCCGGGCUUACAUAUCCGAGUCGUCCUCUUACGUGUCGGUGUUGACGAUAGUGGCGUUCUCGUCAGAAAGGUAUCUGGCGAUUUGUCACCCGCUUCGUCGUUACGCGAGCGGUUUAAAGGUUCCCGUACGAAUAAUCGUACUCACAUGGCUGGUGUCUCUCGUUUCCGCGAUACCGUUUGCUCAUUACAUCAACGUCAGUUACAUCGAGUAUCCGCCUGGGUCCAAUAAUUACUCUGAGAAUUCCGCGAUGUGCAUGAUGCAGAAAGAAAACAUACCCGAGUUCCCGCUGUACGAGCUGAGCUGCUUCGUCUUCUUCCUGCUACCGAUGGCAUUCAUAGCUGUGCUGUACGUGCGAAUGGGCUUGCGAAUACAAAACAGCAGCCUCGAGCACAGCGUUGAGGGUUCUGUCCACGGGGAAACUAGACAGGCACAGUCACGGAAAACCAUCAUCCGUAUGCUCGGUGCUGUCGUGAUCACAUUCGUCAUCUGUUGGGCGCCGUUCCACGGUCAACGGCUGAUGUACGUGCACCUCGAAUGGUCAUCGGUCGCCGACAUACACACCUGGCUGUUUCUGCUCAGCGGUUGCCUCUAUUACUUCAGCACAAGCGUGAACCCGAUCCUGUACAAUGUGAUGAGCGCGAAAUACAGGAACGCGUUCAGGGAAACCCUCUGCUGUUACCCAGCCACGCCACGUAUCACGAGAACCGACCUAAGCAGCGUGAGGGACUCGAGCGCUGGUUGCGGUCUCGGUACCAGAACGGGAUCCCAGGUGUUCCGCGGAAGGAACGAGAAUUACCAACGGAGCAUCAGGUAA